AUGGCGGCGCAACAAGAAGCAAAGCAUUUAGGACACAAGUAUAUUGGGACAGAGCACAUACUUCUUGGCUUGCUUCUUGAAGAAACUGGGAUGGCUGCAAAAGUUCUAGAUUCUUCCGGAGUCGAUCUUGGCGCGGCGAGGGAGCAGACGGAGAAUUUGAGUGGAAGGGGUGGUGGUUGUAGUGGCUUGAUAUGUACGGAGCUAAGGUUCACUGCUGAUGCUAAGAGUGUUCUUGAGCUCUCUAUCAAACAAGCCAGGCACAAGGGUCACCAUCAAGUUGACACAAUACAUUUGCUUUUAGCAUUGCUUCUGGGAUCAGAUCGCAUGGUGACUCGUUUAAUCGAGAAUCAAGGUGCCGACGUGAAUAAAAUUCGAGCUCAGGUAAUUAGACUAGUGGAAGGCCAAGUUAAAGAAAUAUUUGUUGGCCCUCCAACUAUUGAUGAAGGUUCUCCAAAGAAUAAUAAUGAGAUGGCAUCUUCUGUUGUGGCUCAACACAAAGAUCUCAAUCAAAGAAUCAACCUUGAUAAGAAUUCUAAAACGCCCAUCCUUGACAUGUAUGGAACUGAUCUCACAAAAUUGGCACGAGAGGGGAAACUUCAUCCUUUUGUGGGAAGGAAAGAGCAAUUGGAACGUGUGAUUAAGAUAAUUUGUAGAUUAACGAAGAACAACCCUUGUCUUGUUGGAGAACCUGGAGUAGGCAAAACAGCAAUCAUAGAGGGCCUUGCUCACAGGAUUUUGAGUGGCUCUGUUCCUCAAAAACUCAGAGGAAAGAAGGUAAUCAAAUUGGACGUUGCUAAUUUUUUGUAUGUUAUACAAAGUCAAGGAGAUUUUGAGAAUAUCAUUAAGCGUAUAAUUAAGGAAGUUGGGCAAAGUGGGGAUGUGCUACUUUUUGUGAAAGAGGUUCAAAACAUUUUUGAAACAUCAUCUUCAGCCCAAAAUUUAGCAUACCAUUUGGGACAUGCCCUUGAAAGAGGUGUUAUUCAGUGCAUUUUUGCUACAACAGUGAAUGAGCAUAGGAAGCACAUAGAGAAUGAUGCAACGAUGAAUAGACUAUUUCAACAAAUUAAAGUGUUUGAGCCAUCUAUUGAGGAAACCAUACAGAUUCUAAAAGGUCUUCGUGGAAUAUAUGAAUCUCAUCAUAAACUCCAAUACACGGAUGAAGCUCUUGCUGCUGCUGCAAACUUGUCUCAACAAUAUAUAAGUGAUCGGUUUCUUCCGGACAAGGCAAUUGACUUGAUUGAUGAAGCUGGAUCUCAUGUCCAACUUUGUCACGCAAAGGAAAAGAAUAGGCAAAAAGUAGUGACAAAAUAUGACAUCCAACAUGUAGUGUCAUGUUGGAGUGGAGUCCCAUUGAAGGAAGUAUCAAUGGAGGAAGGAGAAAAUCUUCUCAACUUGGAACACACUCUUCACAAAUAUGUUGUUGGUCAGAAUGAAGCAAUAAACUCCGUUUGCCGCGCCAUUCGCCGCGCCAGAGUUGGCCUUAGAAACUCGAAAAGGCCCAUAGCCAGCUUCAUCUUCACUGGCCCUUCUGGUGUUGGUAAGACUGAAAUAGCAAAAGCACUUGCUGCUCAUUGUUUUGGCUCUCAAGAUGCCUUGCUUAGGUUUGAUAUGAGUGAAUACAUAGACAGAGCCACCGCAUCGAGAUUGAUCGGAGCACCCCCCGGCUACAUCGGUUUCGACGAAGGUGGGCAACUAACCGAAGCCGUUAGGAACCGGUCGCAUGCCGUGGUGCUCUUCGACGAAAUCGAAAAAGCUCAUUCAGAUGUUUUCAACUUACUGCUUCAAAUUCUUGAAGAUGGAAGGCUUACAGAUGGAAAGGGUCAAACAGUUGACUUCAAGAGCACACUCAUCAUAAUGACUUGCAACAUUGGUAACAACAUCAUUGUUGAAUCUCAUAAACAAUUGUGUGAUUCUACUAAUAACAACAAUGAUGAUGAUGAUGAUUCCUUUGAGCAUAGAAAGAGCCUAGUGAUUGAGGAGGUGAAGCAACAUUUUAGACCAGAGUUUCUAAAUAGAGUUGAUGAGAUUAUUGUGUUCAAAACAUUAACAAGAUUUGAAGUUGAACAAAUUGCAAAUCUAAUGCUUGGAGAUGUGAGUCAAAGGUUGAAGGGCAAUAAAGACAUUCACCUUUCUGUGACUUGUAGGUUUAGGGACCGUGUUGUGGAACAUGGGUAUGACCCUAUUUAUGGGGCAAGACCCUUAAGAAGGACAAUUUCAAGAUUGUUGGAGGACACAUUGGCAGAGAAGAUGUUAAUGAAGGAAAUAAGAGAAGGAGAUUCGGUUGUUGUGGACACUAAUAUUGAAGGAAAUGUUGUUGUUCUUAACCAGAAUAGUGCUUUGAGGGAAUGUCUAACUUGUAUUGAUCAUUCAAAUGGGAACAACAAUAAUAAUAAUAGUGUUGGUGAUGAGAAAAGAGAGAAAAUGGUUGGGAUCUCAUGCAAUUUGAUGGGCAAGGUGUUUGACUUGUUGGGACAUCGAAAAAGUCCAUAGCUUAGAAGUAAUUGAAUUGAUUUAAAUUGAUGAGAAAAGAGAGAAAAUGGUUGGGUUCUCAUGCAAACUCUGAGCGUGUUUGGAAUCGCAGAAUGUUAUA